UUGACAUUUUUAAACAUUUUAGAGGUAGUUGACAUUUUAGAAUGUUUUGGGGUAUUCGACAUUUUGAAACAUUUUGGGGCAGUUGAAAUUUUUAAACAUUUUGAGGGUAUUGAACAUUCUGAAAUAUUUUCGGGGUAGUUGACAUUUUGAAUAUUUUGAGGUAUUUGACUUUUAAUUUUCAGCAGAAAAAGAAUACAGUAUCAACGAUUUGAUAGUCGAAUUUGAGGUUCACGUUGAUGUUCAACAAGCCUGUUUGGAGAGUACAAAAUUCAUGUGCGAUUUAUUCGAAAACAAGCACAAUAAAGACAAAGAGAACGGCAAUAAAGAAAAUGAAUUAAAAUUAAAAAAUAAAAUGUUACUAAAAUUAUUUAAAGCUUCAGAAGCAAUAGUAGGGGAAGUAAAAAAGUUGAUAGGUGAAUUUGAAGAAGUAUUUGAUGAAGGAUUAAAAGAAGAAUUGGAUGAACAAGAAAGCUACAAGAGAAGAUUUUAUAAAAAUCAAGGGCGAAGAUUGAAGGAUUUGGACCUUUAUUACUACAUUCCUGAAGUAUUAUUUCUUGAUUCCUUGCCAGAUUAUGUUAUGGGUGGAUUAAAAGAUUAUGAUACUGACAAUGAAUUUAAGACAAAUAGGGCAAGAUUGUUUAGCAAAUUUUUGAGUAAUAAGGAAGAUGUGUGUGUUGAAAAUGAAGAAGAUAAUGAAGAGGGAGAAGUUGUGGUUGUUGAAGAAGACGUCGAAAAGAAUACUUGGCAGAAAGCAUACAAUGCAUUUAAGAGACAAUUGUCUGGGAAGAAGAAACAAGGGUCUUUAAAGAAACAAGGGUCCUUCAAGAAAGAAGAGCCUUUGACAAGACAUGAGUCAUUGAAGAAACUAGGGUCUUGGAAGAAACAGAAUUCUUUAAAGACACAAGGAUCCUUCAACGAGACUUUGAAGAAGCAAGAGUCUUUGAAGACACAAGGGUCCUUCAAUGAGACUUUAAAGACACAAAACCCUUUCUUUCUUGGAAAUUGCAAACCGAACUGGAGAGAUGUUGUUAAAUAUACGACUAGAUUAAAUGAUAUUUGCAAGGUCUUCAAAAUGAAGGAUGUUGAUACUCUUUUACUUACAAAAAAGGACAAAUUUUAUUUUAAUAUCGAGCAUAGAAAAAAUUUACGCAAAUUAAAUAGGUAA